AAUAAAGGGGCAGGUGUUGUGCUGGUUUCUACAGCAUCACUCUGGGCAAGAAGCUGACAGCAGCCGCAGCAAGCUGAGGGAGGCAGGAGGGGCUGGAGCUGGCCUCCGAGGCUGCUGCUGCUGCUGCUGGUCUCAGGACCCCAUGUGCACCGGAGCACAUUUCAGCUUCUUCAGCUGCUGCCAGGGAGACGGGCUGGGCUCAGUCUGAGUGUGGCUGCCCAAGACAGCGGCCACAGGCUGCUGGCUGUUCAGCCUGUAGCUUUUGCAAGGGGCUGGAUUCCUAACUAGCAACCCCCCCAGCCCCCCCACCCCCACUUCCCCGCCCCAGCCUUGUUUAUUCUGGAGCAAGAGGAGAGGGUUUUCUCUCUUCUUGGAACACCUGGGCUGGGCUUCCCCUUCUUUCUGAUUUCAAGUAGUUUCCCCCCAUGAGAACUGAAUUUGGAGUGUUUCUCAAGGGCAAACACAAUGCCCCUGAGCUGGAGAUGAGAGAGGACUACAGCUCCUGAGGCCGCCUGCGGAGGGCUCAGAGGUGCCCCUCACCCCGAUUCAAAAUGCCAUUUAAAGCAUUUGAUACCUUCAAAGAAAAAAUUCUGAAACCUGGGAAGGAAGGCGUGAAGAAUGCAGUGGGAGAUUCGCUGGGGAUCUUACGAAGAAAAAUCGAUGGGACCAAUGAAGAAGAAGAUAACAUUGAGCUGGAUGAAGAAGGAAGGCCCGUGCAGACAUCCAGGCCACGUCUCCCAGUCUGUGACUGCAGCUGCUGUGGCAUCCCCAAGCGGUACAUCAUCGCCAUCAUGAGUGGGCUGGGAUUCUGCAUUUCCUUCGGGAUUCGGUGCAACCUUGGAGUGGCCAUCGUGGAAAUGGUCAACAAUAGCACUGUGUAUGUGGAUGGGAAACCAGAAAUUCAGACGGCGCAGUUUAACUGGGACCCAGAGACGGUGGGCCUUAUCCAUGGAUCUUUCUUCUGGGGUUAUAUUGUGACACAGAUUCCUGGUGGCUUCAUUUCAAACAAGUUUGCUGCUAACCGGGUCUUUGGAGCUGCCAUCUUCCUGACAUCAACUCUGAACAUAUUCAUCCCUUCUGCAGCCAGGGUACAUUACGGCUGUGUCAUGUGUGUGAGGAUUUUGCAGGGUCUGGUGGAGGGUGUGACCUACCCAGCCUGCCAUGGGAUGUGGAGUAAGUGGGCGCCUCCCCUGGAGAGAAGCCGAUUGGCCACAACUUCCUUUUGCGGUUCCUACGCUGGGGCAGUGGUGGCUAUGCCCCUUGCAGGAGUAUUGGUGCAGUACAUUGGCUGGGCCUCUGUCUUUUACAUUUACGGUAUGUUCGGGAUUAUUUGGUACAUAUUUUGGCUGCUGCAGGCUUAUGAGUGCCCAGCAGCUCACCCGACGAUAUCCAACGCGGAAAAGACGUACAUAGAGACAAGUAUAGGAGAAGGGGCCAACUUGGCCAGUCCGAGUAAAUUCAACACACCAUGGAAAAGGUUCUUCACAUCCUUGCCUGUCUACGCGAUCAUUGUGGCCAACUUCUGCAGAAGCUGGACCUUCUAUUUGCUCUUAAUAAGUCAGCCUGCUUACUUUGAAGAGGUCUUUGGGUUUGCAAUCAGUAAGGUGGGUCUCUUGUCAGCUGUCCCACACAUGGUGAUGACCGUUGUGGUGCCUAUCGGAGGACAACUGGCGGAUUAUUUAAGAAGCAGGAAGAUUUUAACCACAACUGCUGUCAGAAAGAUCAUGAAUUGUGGAGGCUUCGGCAUGGAGGCGACCCUACUUCUGGUGGUUGGCUUUUCCCACACCAAAGGAGUGGCUAUCUCCUUCCUGGUGCUCGCUGUAGGAUUUAGUGGCUUUGCUAUUUCAGGUUUUAAUGUCAACCACCUGGACAUUGCUCCGCGCUAUGCCAGCAUUCUCAUGGGGAUCUCUAACGGAGUGGGGACCCUGUCUGGAAUGGUCUGUCCUCUCAUUGUUGGCGCCAUGACCAAGCACAAGACCCGGGAGGAAUGGCAGAACGUGUUCCUCAUAGCAGCCCUGGUACACUACAGCGGUGUCGUCUUCUACGGGGUCUUCGCUUCUGGGGAGAAACAGGACUGGGCUGACCCGGAGAGUCUCUCUGAGGAGAAAUGUGGAAUCAUUGACCAAGAUGAAUUAGCCGAGGAGACAGAACUCAACCAUGAGGCUAUUGUAAGUCCCAGAAAGAAGAUGUCGUACGGAGCCACCAUCCAGAAUUGCGAGGCCCAGAGGAGCGGGUGGAGACAACAGAGAGAAGCUUCCUUUGACGGGGAAGAGGCGUUCUCCUACCGGAACGAAGAAGAGGACUUCUCAGAAACAUCCUAACGCCCAGCUUCUCCUCAGCUUACAACCAGAAGCAUCCAUACCCAUUGCCUUUCCCAUACCUCGGCUUGCCAGGGGGCCAAAUCAUGGGACACUGGAGGUAGUGGGGAGAGGAGAUUAAGUCAACAGCCGAGGAAAGAGAAAUGCCUUCUUCCAGAGAUAGGAGAACGGCUCUUGCUCUCAUCUGAUAAAAUAGUUGAUCAUAUUUUUUGUGGGGUGGGGUAGGGUGGCUGUUGGCUCUCGAGCCUUCUCUCAAAGAACUAGUUAUUCAGAAAGAAAUGGCUAGAAAAAUAAGGAGUAGCUUGUUGCUCAAACAGACUUUGAAGGAAUUCCGUCUUUGGCCUGGAGAAGAGUACACGGUGGUUGUCAGCACAUCUCCUAAGAUAUUCGUGCAGAGGAGAGUUUCCCCAACCUAAUGAAGGGAACCACUCACGGAGGCUCUCUGUUGUGCCAGGUGCUUUAUGAACAUACUUACUUAACCUCCACACCCUAUUACAUGUAGUUAUUGUACCCAUUUUACAGCUAGGGACGCUAAAGGAAUAGGAUAACCUGCCCAAGGUCAUCCUCUCAGGGCCAAGCCUGAGACUGGCAGAUGAGUGGGAGUUUUAGAAGGGUUCAGCUCAGUGUGGGGACAUUUUCAAUGACAAACACUGAAAAUGGAAUCAGCUGUUUUGUGGGCAAUUCCAAGUUUGGUCAAGGAUGCGUGCGUGCGUGCGUGCGUGCGUGCGUGUGUGUGUGUGUGUGUGUGUGUGUGUGUGUGUGUGUAAAUAUUUAGACUAAUGGGGCAGAGGGGAUUCAAACUUAUAAAAUUCUAGACUCAAAACCAUUAAGGUCCUAUAUUACCUGAUGGACCAAACAAUUUGGUGAAUCAAUAGCUUUUUUUCUUUAAAAGUCACAGACUGGUUAAAAAAAACAAAACAAAACAAAGAAUAAAGCUAAGCAAGAUAGCUCAGUUUCCUGGAAUGGUUUAAAAGAAGUAUAUGGAGCAGGUGGUGGUGGCUCACGCCUUUGAUCCCAGAACUCAGGAGGCAGAGCCAGGCAGAUCUCUGUGAGUUCGAGGCUGGCCUGGUCUACAGAGCGAGAUAGAGGACAGGCACCAAAACUACACGGAGAAACCAUGUCUCAAAACAAAAGAUGUAUAUGAAGAGUUGGCUAUUAAAUUUAAACCCUCUACAGUAUCAAGAAUGUGGUCAAAUAAUGUCCCAAGUUAACUAUUAGCCCCUAAAACAUUUAGUAAUCUAAAAAGUGGUCUCAGGAGAGUUUUAGCCACUGGUCUCUGGAAAGAGUCUUGUUUAAGCAAACGUGUGUGGCCAGCUUUCUCUGACAGUGAGUAGAACAGGAAGUGUGGUCAGAUGGCAUAAUGUUAUGCCCAAAAUAUUUGUAAGGAAUGUACCUGGAAUGUUCAUUGAAAAUAAAAAGAUAGCCGUAGUUUCACAGAGAAAUUCUGCAGUCAAAAUGUCCCAGACAACCGGGCCUGUAAUUGGUGUUGGAAAAUUCAUCUGUGAUUGUGUAAGGCAAUAACAUGAAACUCUCAGACAUAAUUCAGAAUGCAAUGGUGGCAUAUAAGAGGUUAUUAGAAAAUAAAAUUAUUUUCCUGCUUUGAAAAUUUUGUUUAUAUUUUCAGAAGAAAAAUUCGAUGUGAUGACAAAAUACAGAUUUACUUGUAGUAUAUUAUAGUAUCAUAUUUCUCCAGUUUGUCCCACUUUAUUUCUGGUCCCUUGUUAUACUUAAGGAGUUAUAAUGUACUUGAUAAAAAGACUAAUGUUAGAUUUUAAAAGAGAAUGGCUGAUUCCCAUUAAAUAGUAUUCUUUUGAUUAUUUGUAUAUAAUUUGUGUUAUCAGUUGUUGUUAAAUCUCCUUAUUGUGCCGGGCGGUGGUGGCGCACGCCUUUAAUCCCAGCACUCGGGAGGCAGAGCCAGGCGGAUCUCUGUGAGUUCGAGGUCAGCCUGGUCUCCAAAGCGAGUUCCAGGAAAGGCGCAAAGCUACACAGAGAAACCCUGUCUCGAAAAACCAAAAAAAAAAAAAAAAAAAAAAAAAAAAAAUCUCCUUAUUGCAUGAAUCCAUUUAAGUCCCCUAGAGCAGUUCCUGGCAUAAAGUACCUAAGAAAAAUAGCUGUCACAUCAUCAUGAUCUUUAACUCCUGGGCGACCAUGUCAUUUGUAAAGAAAGAAUGCUGUGUCCUUUCAUCCACUGGCCACAGAGUUUAUUAUGAAAAUUGCACUGUUUUCUAAGUAAAAAAAACAAAACUAGAAAAUAAUAGCCAGUGUUUAUUCCUUUGUGUGAUAAUUAAGCAUAAUAAUUAUAUGUAAGGAAAAGCCUCAUGAUGAUCACGAAGGCAAUGCUGUAGACUGUGACACAAUCUGUUAGUGGUGACGUCAUGCAGAAAUACCAUGUUUUACUUAUAACUUGCAUGUACAGUAGUUUUUUUUUUAACGGUGGGCUGGACCAUGGCAUUAAAUGCUAUACAGCACGUUGC